GUUGAAUUUUAUGCAUUUGUUUUUAGCGCCAAGAGGACAUGGCGGCAGUGUUUCUUUGUAUUGUAAUAUACCUGUUGACAUGUUGUUCUGCUUACGUUAAUUUGGCUCUACGCAAACCAGCAUUUGAGGACAAUAUAUACAUCCAUGCUAACGUAACUGCCGGCAAUGCUGUGGAUGGACGCAAAUCAAACUUGCGAGGUACUGGAGGAGAGUGUUCAAUGUCAACUGAGAAAAAACGCACCGCUACCUGGUGGGUAAAUCUUACUAGUACCCGCAGCAUCCACGACAUCCGGAUCUAUUACAUGACGGACAAUGUACCUUGGGAUGCAUCAAACAAAUAUACAGCGAGGUUUCUGGGAUUUUCUAUAUACAUUUCAAACACAACUAAAUUGUCAGAUGGAAAACUUUGCUAUAAAGACACCUACUUCACAAGAAGAACGAUACCAGCUGUCUUUAACACCACCUGCUUUGUUCAUGGUCAAUACGUCAUCUACUACAACGAGAGACUACCAGGAGUUACCUAUCCUAGUGAUUAUUCUGAAUACGCCUUUAGCGACCUCUGUGAAGUUGAAGUCUAUGGAUGUCCAACACUUGGUUACUAUGGUAUCAAUUGCACUACCCCCUGUCCUGACGUCAACUGUGGAUACUGUCACAUCCAGACUGGCACCUGUCAGGGGGGAUGUAAGCCUGGGUACAAGGGACACCAGUGUGAAUUGGAAUGUGACAAUAGAAAAUAUGGAGACGCAUGCCAAAAGAGUUGUGGACAAUGUGUAAACAAGACACAAUGUGACAACGUGAUCGGGACUUGCUUACAGGGGUGUGAGGCGGGGUACAAAGGUCAAAUGUGUGAUCAAGAAUGCACUGAUGGCUUUUUUGGCCGUAAUUGUCAAGAAAAAUGCAAUGAAACUUGUCUAAGCUGUAACAUGUUUAAUGGUGUCUGCGAUAAAGGAUGUCGUCCCGGAUGGGAAGGAAAUUAUUGUCAAUCUGCUUGUCAAGACGGGAAAUAUGGAUUUGAAUGUAAGGAAAAGUGUAGUCCAUUUUGUUUUCGGUCUGGAAUAUGCCUUCCUAAAACCGGUGCAUGUUUGGAUGGUUGCAAAAAGGGAUGGACAGGAGACGAGUGCUUUGAAGUUUCAGUUCAAGAUGACGGAAACACGUCUACAAACCUGUCUGUUAUAGGCAUAGCAGCUCUCUCUGUCGCAAUUUUAUCCAUCAUGAUUAACGCCGUUCAGCUACUCUACAAACUUCUACUGCGAAGACAGAAAAACAAGCGAAACAGGAACAAAACAUAUGAACAGUCCAAAAGUGAACACGUUUUUACACCGGAUAUAAGUGGAUACGAUUCGCUAGUUAUUAGCAGACCCGAGGACAACUACCAGGAAUUAAACACAGUCACUGCCGAUCGAUGAACGAUAACUAUGUCACCACUAACUAUCUGACAUAUUUUGUUUGUAUUAUUUGUAAAUAUGUGCAUUGGAGCAUUCACUUUUGAAAGCCAGCAUUAACAUUUUCAUUUUUGUGUCUCAUCCAUACGCUUGCGCAUACACGUGUAUGCGAGAAUUGUCGAGAAUGCCUUGGUCGAUUUAAAAAUCGAUUCAUUUCAGACGUAUUGCAGAAUACAGGGAGAUAUUCAUCGCCCGUUAUAUUAUCGCCCCUUUCACACUCGUCAGCGGGUAAAUUUAAGACUAUGCGCACUCUAAUGUCUCAAAGUAUCUCUUUAAGAACACAACUGUGUUUCAGCGAAUUUAAGAUGGAGCGAAACUAUUUGGAGAUAAAGAAGGGAGAAACUUAUAUGGGGCAAAAAUAUACAUGUAAACAGUAUUAUAGAUUAAGUAAGAAUAAACUUUUUAUAAUGUAUGUUUUUGACACAGCCUGAAGCAAAGCUAUAUAUCAAUUCAAAUCUAUCUUGACAAUAACAGAUUGCACUGAUAAAAAAUAUGUACUAACUAGGAACAUGUUAAGACGGUUGCAAAAGUGGAUGGAAGGACAACAGUCUUUAGAAAGUACAUUCA